AUGGUUGAAGCAGAAGCGCCGGCGGUGGACGAUAGUUUAGCUGGGGAGGACGAGGAGGAAUUAGUCCGAAGUGAGGAGUACGAUGACGAACACGUAGGCGAAGAUGGCGACGAGGGCGACGAGGGCGGCGACGACGAUGACGACGAUGACGACGAUGGCGACGACGACGACGAGGGCGAGGCGGCGGCGCUGUUCGGCGGGCAGCAGAAGCUGCACGCGAUAAACGACGCGCCCGCGCUGCGCAAGAAGCUCGACGAGUUCGCGUGGGCGGGCAAGCGGUCGUGGAUGGAGUCGCUCGCCGUCAUCGUCAUGGACGACGAGGCGCAGGCGGACGCCGCCACUGGCGCCGCCGGCGGCGUGGAGGCGGUAGACGCGGCGGACGACUUGGUGCGCGAAGCCGCGUUCUACUCGCAGGCCGCCGCGGGCGCCAAGGCGGCGCUCGUGCGGCUCCAGGAGGAAGCAGCCGCCGCCACCGCCGCCGCGGGCGCCGCCGGCGCAGGCGGGGGGGAGGAGGGGGAAGAGAAGCGGAGGUUUCCGCCGUCUGCGGUGGCGCUGCUGCGGCCGGCGGACUACUACGCGGAGAUGGUGAAGAGCGACGCGCACAUGGAGCGCAUCCGCGCGCGGCUGCUGGCGCAGCAGAAGGAGAUGGAGGGCGCGGAGGAGCGCAAGAAGUCGCGCGAGGGGAAGAAGUACGCGAAGCUGGUGCAGGCGGAGCGGCGUAAGGAGCGCGAGAAGGAGAAGAAGGACUCGGUGCAGGCGGUCGAGCGCUGGCGCAAGCUGCGCCAGCAGAGCAACUUCCAGGACGGCGCAACUACGCCCGGCGGAGCGGACUUCCCCGUGGAGCUGGAUGCGGCAAUUGGGGGGGAAUUCCCGCGGGCGGAGAAGCGCGGGGCGGGCGCGCGCGGGACGGGGGGGAGAGGCGGGGGGAAGGGGGCGCUGGAGAAGCGGAAGCAGCGGGAUUCGAAGUAUGGGUUUGGCGGGCGGAAGCGGCUGAAGAAGCAGAACGACGCGGACUCGACCAACGACUUUGGGGACUUUGGGGGCUUUGGGGACGACGAUGGUGGGCGCGGGGGACGAGGGGGAUUCGCGGGUAGAGGGUUCAGGGGAGGGGGAAGAGGGGGGGCUAGAGGGGGGGGCAGAGGGGGGAUGAGAGGAGGGAAGGCGCAGCGGCCGGGGAAGGGGAGAAGAGAGCAGAUGAGGAACCAGGGAAAUGCGAGAGCAGAUGCGGAACAAGGGCAAGUAGAGUGGAGUGGGAGGAGGAGGGACGAAAGGAAAAGAAGGGAAGUUGGAGAGGGUGGGGGACGGGAGAGAGCGGGCGCGGAGCAGGACAGGGAGCAGCACUUCUGGGAGGUGCCGUGUGAAGCAAGGAGGGCGGGAGGGGGUGGAGCAAGGAGGGCGGGAGGGGGUGGAGCAAGGAGGGCGGGAGGGGGUGGAGCAAGGAGGGCGGGAGGGGGUGGAGCAAGGAGGGCGGGAGGGGGUGGAGCAAGAGGGCGGGAGGGGGUGGAGCAAGGAGGGCGGGAGGGGGUGGAGCAAGGAGGGCGGGAGGGGGUGGAGCAAGGAGGGCGGGCAGGGGUGGAGCAAGGAGAGGGCGGGUAG